UGGUGGCUCAAAAAUGGAUUGCCAGAGCUGAUUGCUGGACGAAGUGGAACCGAUUUCAUUUUUGAAUCAGAUUCUAACAAGAUUAGAAGGAGAGGUAACAGAACCAUUGAAUAUCGUGACUAUUACAUCUUGUUCUACGACUUGUCACAACUAGUUUUUGAAAUCCAGUUUGAGUCGGAAGAUCCUCGCUCCACUGUCAAGUUGAUUAAUAGCUAUGCCAAGCCUAUCCCAGUGUAUCAUAAAUUAUACGGGCAACAAAUCGUUUCUUAUGCAGCACAAUUUCUUGGAACUAAAAUUCAAGAUGAAAUAGUCAGCCACUCGUUGCAGGUCAGUGGAGCAGAAAUCAUUCUGCCAAUUGGUAAUAAAUCUUUUGGAGUUACCAUCUAUAAAAACUUAAACAACACAAAUGUCUCCAAGAUUGAUGAAAUCAAACCUGGCGAUGUACUCUGGGUCAAGAAUGGAAAGUAUGUCAGUCACAAGGGUCUUAUGGGAGCCAAGUCUGUCACCUUGGAGGGUCCUGACAACGUCUAUACUGCCAUUAUUUAUGAAUAUGAUCCCAAGAAGGAAAAGUUCAAAGUAAUCGAACUGGAUUCCACUGGCCAUGUUAAGAAGGAAAGUUUCAAAAUCGGUGAAUUCAAGUCUGGACGCAUCAGAGUGUUCAGACCAGUUGGAAGAGACUACGUUGAGUGGGACUAG